AUGCCACGCAAGGAGCAACGCAACCGCCAUCAGCCGAAGCAGCGAUCGCUUCCAGCCCAGCCUGCGCCAACCGCUCCGUCGGACCGCGACCACCCCGAGUCGCCACCACCACUGACGCCCAUCCAACGGCGACCUCACCCCGCGAUGGACGCCCAGAUUGCACCACUGCCGCCGGCAGCCACUGGUCAGCGAUCCCGCCCGGCUGCAAAACCGACCAGCGCUGGGUCACCACCGCCGCUGGCCCCGAUCCGUCAGCAACUCAACGUCGACGAUAACGGGACACCGCUGCUAGCCGCACUGCCAGCUACGACGGCCAGCACGGAACCACCCGCUGACGUCCCGCUGGAGCCAACGCCGCCGGUGGAGGCCGCCACCGGAUCCUCAUCCUCGCCGAGGAUCAGUCCGACCUGGUGCGAGGGAUUGUCCUUAGAGGACAUGAUGACCGCGAUCCUGGCCGAGGACGGGGUCCCGACACCGUUCUGCUUGGACGACUUCCAGGCAGAGGCGACGCUACCCGGACGGGGCAGAAACCCCAGUCCGCCUGCCACCGGGGCUCCCGAUGAGUCGAUGGCCGCACUAAGGAUCUCCGACCUGACCACCCCUAUCGCCAACAACGGGCUCAUGGUCAUCACUCUGGCCUCGGACGAGCCCAACACUUUGGCUCACGAGCCCGUGACCACCGCUUUGGCUACGACCCACGCUUUGGCUACCGACGAGCCCGUGACCGCCGCUGUGGCUCCCAACGAGUCCAUGACCACCGUUUUGGCUCCCGACGAGCCCAUGACCUCCGUUUUGGCUCAGGACGAGCCCAUGACCACCGCCCUGAUGGCCGCCUUGGCCAGCCACGAGCCGCCGGCCGCCUCACCGACUGUCGAGCCGAUGGUCGCCCGGCAUCCGCCCGUAGCCGUUCCCGGAACCCUGGGAGCGGUCUACGAGGACAUCUCCGAGGAGGAGAUCAUGGAGAUAAGUUCCGGCGAAGACGAGGAGCCAGACCUGGCGCAGGACGCCAUCCUCAUCUCCGACGAGGAAGACAACGCCGGGGAGGCCGCGGCCAACCCACGACACCAUCCCAACGGGACCACUGCCCGCCUCAUGGGCGCAUCACCGGCCGCGGCAGCAGCCACCGGGACCACCAACGCGACACCCCUUGGGGACGCGAGAGUCUCCGGAAUCGCUGCCGGCGGACCGCCUGCCGUCACCCUGGAAACCACCCUUGCCAGGGCUGGGGGCAGCAGCCAGGGACACCACAGCACCAGUGUCGCGACUGGCCAGGGCAACCACACGGCCCCCACCACUUUUCCUCACGCCGACACCAACGCCGGUACCGCCGCUAGCGCGUCCGACCUCGCCACCGGCCAGAGGACACCCCCCUCGCUCGGGGCCACCUGA